AUGGGGAUUGCGGAUCUUCUUGGGGCCAUCACUGGCGAGAAACCCAGCCCAUCACCGACCUCAAACCCCACAUCGCGACAUAGCACGACGGCACCCAAACGAAAGGCCGAGGAUGAUUUGCGUAACACGCUCCCAAAGGCACCGCGCACUGAGACCACUGCAGAUGGGCUAUCGCGGCCCAACAUCAGCUCGCCAAAACCAGCUUCCCGGCCGAUAGAUAAGCCCACAACCGCUUCCGGAAGCACAUACUCUGGGUCAUCGCGACCACCAGUCAAAUCGACGACUGCGUCAGCAACCAGACCAAGCACAGUUGUGACCAAUGGCACCCGUCCAGGUGUCUCCUCCAAUGGCAGCAAGCCUCUGCCAUCGCGGCCUGUCGCUAACCGACCAUCACCAUCGGACUCGGGUCCCCCAAAGAAGCGGUCAUUUGCAGAGAUUAUGGCGAGGGCACGUGAGAACCAGGAGGCACGGGAAUCGCUUGGCAAGAUCAGUCACAAGCCAGUGGAGAGGAACCUGACCAUGAAGGAGCGCAAAGAGCUGAAGGCGGACCAGGCAAAGCAGGCCAAGGUCGCCGGCAGGAAAGGCUCUGCAGCCCCCCCUGCAUCAUCUCGAACAGCUCCAAAAAAUGGAGUCGAGCGGAAUCGUGUGUCUCCUGGAGCCUCGAGUGCCAAAGCGAAAGCAGCGGCCGAGGAGGAGAACAAGAAGAUCAAGAAGGCUGCCUUGGCGACAACUGGUUAUACCGGCACAGCACGACCCCGGCCAGGUGCUACCACCAAACCAAAGGCUAGCAGCAGCGGCCCUGAUCGUGACCCGCGAGACAAGGUACACGAACGUCCCCGAUAUGGCGGCUCUCGCUCAAGAUACGAGGAAGAGGACGACGACCUGGACGACUUUGUUGAGUAUGAUGAAGAUGAAGACGACCCGUAUGCCUAUGGCCGUCGCGGUGGAUAUGACGACAUGUCGGAUGAGUCUGACAUGGAGGCUGGUCUUUCCGACAUUGAAGUGGAAGAGACGGCGGCUGAACGUCGUGCUCGCCUAGAGGACAAGCAGGAAGAGGAACGCGAGAAGCGGCUGAAGCGCGAGAAGGAAGAGCGAAAACGCAAGGCUCUAGAGGCCAUGAGAGCCAGCCGGCGUUGA